AUGGUCCCGACGAUCGAGUUGCCCGGUGAGGCAAGCCCAUUGACACAUCGUCAUGUGGUGGAUGCUUUGGUUCUAGCUGCAAGCUCUACGCAGCAGCAAGUUCAAACCGGAACUAAGCAGUUGGAGAACUGGGAGCGUAAAGCUCUUUACCAUGCCAUGCUUCAGGAUGUCUUUCUUGACCGAUCACUCCCAACCGAAGUCCGAUACCUCGCCAUUAUCCGGUUGAAGCAUGGUAUCGAUCGAUACUGGCGGAAGACAGCUACCAACGCAAUUUCCAAGGAGGAGAAAGCCCAGAUCAAGACAAGAGCUCUGGAGGCUGGUAUCGAAGAACCUGCUCGUCCGCUUGCCCUACAGAAUGCAUUGAUGGUGGCUAAGAUCCUGCGCUACGAGUUUCCUCAUGAUUGGCCCGAUGCGAUUACCUCCGUUAUUACCUUCCUCCGAUCGUCGAACCAACCUCACGCCAACCCGAUCCAGCUCCCUCGAACCCUCCUUAUCCUUCUACAAAUCAUCAAAGAGCUGUCGACUGCCCGAAUCCAAAGAACCCGCGUACACCUGCAAUCAGUCUCUCCCGAGGUCUUCCAGGUGCUGGGUGGUAUCUAUGUGGACAAGGUCGGCCGAUGGACUGGAAUCUUGGAGCACGGUGGCUCGGAUGAAGCAGCUUUGCUGGAGAUUCUCGAACAGAGCCUGGUGUCCCUGAAGGUUCUCCGACGUCUCAUCAUCUCUGGAUUCGAACACCCGGGCCGUGACCAGGAUGUACAGAAGUUCUGGGAAUUGACUACUACGCAUUUCAGUCGGUUCCUUUCGUUCCUGGAUGGUUCUAUUCAGUUGCCGCAGUCGGUCCACACGGCUAUCGAGAAACAUAUCCUUCAAUUGUCGAAGCUGCACGUUGAGAUGGCGAAAACACACCCCGCAUCCUUCGCGCUCUUCGACAACAGCAUUACCCUUGUCAACUCUUACUGGUCAUUGGUCGUCAAGUUGAGCGAGAACUACGUGAGUCUCGGCGCCGAUAUUGAGACGGAAGGAAAGUCUCUUUUCGAAAAAGCUGGCCUUCGGGCUUUGCUUCUUAUCAGAGCCUGCGCCCGGAUGGCUUUCAACCCGGUUCAGACUUUCAAAUAUCAGACCCCCGAGGACAAGACGGAGCGCAAGAAGGCCGUAGAACGAGUCAAGACACAGCUGUUCACCGAGGACUUUGUGGUGAAUGUCAUGGAGCUGCUUGUCACACAAUUUUUUAGAUUCCGAAACAUCGAUUUCCAGGAGUGGGAGGAAGACCCCGAGUCAUGGGAGAAGAAGGAAGAGCAAAGCACCGAGGCUUGGGAGUUCUCGAUUCGCUCAUGCUCUGAGAAGCUUUUCCUUGAUCUGGUCAUCCAUUUCAAGGAUCUACUUAUUCCACGGCUGUUGCACGUGUUCUAUUCCUUUGCAACUACUGAAAACCGCAAUGUGGUUCUGAAGGACUCCUUGUAUUCGGCCAUCGGUCUGGCAGCAGCCAGUCUCGAGCAGCACCUGGACUUCAAUAGCUUCCUUGAGAAGACCAUGGUCCCCGAAGUCCAGAUUCAUGAUCCGGAGUACAGGUUGCUGAGGAGACGAAUUGCCGUCGUUCUUGGCCAAUGGGUGCCUGUCAAGCCUGGUGAACUGAACCGAGAUGCUGUGUACCAAAUCUUCCAGCACCUGCUAAACAAAGAUGAUCCGCUGAACGACCUGGUCGUUCGUAUUACCGCAGGUCGCCAACUGAGCAAAGUUCUUGACCCCUGGGAGUUCACUCCAGAGGGUUUCAUGCCCUAUGCGCAGUCCAUUCUUGGAAGCCUAAUGGCUCUUGUACAGGAGGUUGACGCAGCGGAAACGAAGAUGGGGUUGCUGGAUACGGUUCGGACGGCCGUGGUCAAGAUGGAGAACCAUAUCGGUGUCUUCUCGGACCAAAUUCUCUCGUUGCUUCCACCGUUGUGGGAGGAGUCCGGCGAUGAACAUCUCAUGAAGCAGGCAAUUCUCACCCUGCUGUCGUCGUUGAUACACUCUUUGAAACAGGACUCUGCACGAUACCAUGCGCUUAUCCUUCCUCUGAUCCAGAGCUCCGUCCAUCCUGAAUCUGAUACCAUCGUCUACCUUUUGGACGAGGCAUUGGAGCUUUGGACGGCUAUCAUCAUGCAAACACCCAGCCCUGCCUCGCCCGAAAUCCUUUCCCUCCUCCCCGCCGUACUUCCCAUUCUUGAACAAGGAACAGAUGCCGCGCCUCAAGGUCUCCAAAUCAUCGAGUCCUAUAUUCUGCUUUCGCCGCAGGCAGUACUUAGCGACGAGUUCCGACUUCCACUCCUUGUCGCUCUGGAGGCUCUUCUCCAGUUCACGACAAAACAACGCACCGGUGUUGUUGCUCGCCUUGUCGACAUGAUGAUUCGUGGAGCGGAAGCCGUUGAUGGUGGAAGCGAGGCUACCUACAGCGCCAUCUCGCAAUCCCUUCUCGACAGCUCCUUCCUCCAAUCUCUUCUCAAGGGUCUAUUCACCGCUCACGAAGCGAGCCAAACUACUGGCCCCAACCGCAAGACUUCAUAUGUCGUCGGCGUCGUCGAAACGGACUAUUACUCCGUUCUCGCACGACUCGCCUUUGCAAACCCGACCAUUUUCGCAUCGGCUGUCGCCGCUGCAACCAACUCCACCCAGGAACAGACAUUCCCCUGGCUACUCACUGAGUGGUUCUCGCACUACGACAAUAUCGGCAGCGUUAACCACAAGAAACUGCAUGCUCUCGCCCUGACACAACUCCUUACCCUCCAGGGCCCCUCAUCCGACUCGUCGCAACCCGCACCACCUCCCGCUUACAUCCUCAGCCACCUGCAGUCGUACCUCACCGUCUGGACCGAUAUCAUCAUCGAGCUGGCGGAAGGUGGAUCAGACGAGAAUGCUGACUACCUGGUCUGCUGGAACGCUCCCGCCGGCUCCGCCACUGCCCAACCCGAAGAAGCCGAGAACGAGGACCCCGAGACUCGUCGCCGGCGCGAGUGGGACAACGCGGAUGCGAUCCAUCGCUUCCCGAUCCGCGACUUUGUCCGGCACCGGCUGCAGGAACUGAUUGUGGCCUGCGGUGGUGCUCAGCGGUUUCAGGAGGAGUGGCUGGUGAAUGUCGAUAGUGAAGUGGUGUCAGCCUUCGGUGCUCUGGGUCUGAUAUGA